AUGCAGAGGAAGCUGGAGGCCCCAAUGUCGUUGAUCGACAUGUACGUCGCCCUCGCCUCUUUCGCUUGCUCCGUCUCAUUGGCCGCCGAUCUCAUUCACGGAUUCCGGAGCAACAAGUUCUGGUUCCCUUCCAAAUACUUCUCUCUCAACGCCACCUCCCUCACGCUCCUCGCCGUCGCUCUCAAGCUGCCCACCGACCUCACCACCAACAUGACCGUCGUCACCGACUGCCUUGCCAAGAUCAGCAGCCUCGCUCUCAUGUCCACUUCCAUGGCCAACUUCGUGCCGUCGCUGGGAUCCAUCAACAUUUUCAUCAACGUCGCUCCAUUGAGCAUUUUCAUCCUUACCGUUGUCACGGACGUCUGCUUCCAGAUCGUCGGGACGCGAUCCUUCCUCCACCACCGCGUCCUCCUCCCCGAGGAGAUCCUCGCUCUCAUCCUAAUGCUCAUCCUGCUUCUCGUGCUCGCCUCCACUGCGCUCAUGGUGCUCACCACCAAGAAAUGCCUUGAGACCAAGUAUCAGGAGAGGCAUAAUUUUGCCGAGAGCCAGGAAUUCUCCGACAUCGGGGCCGCCGUGGUCGAUAAGCUUAGGAAUCUCGUGAACAAGUAUUGGGUGAUGGCGGAGACCAGCAGCCCUCAGUUCGUCAUCACUCGUUCCUCCGCCUGCGCCGCCGCCGGCGUCAUCUGCCUUGCCAACGCUCUUAUCCUGGCGCAGGCUAUUGUGCGCGCAUGGGUGGCGCAUCGUAGCCUCGGCCGGACCGGUUCGAUCUACGGCUGCUCCACUAUAUGGAUUCUACUGGUGCAGACGAUUGGAGUUAUUUUCGGCACAAUCUCUACUUCAUUCAGAUGGCUCAUAGCCGUCCGAUUCAGAUGCUCCGUCGCCCACGGCAGAAGCUUGAGCCGCGAAUUCAAAGUCGAGGACUAUUGGACUAAGAAGCUCGUGGAAUGCCAAGGAAGCCCGAUUUCUCCAUUAAUUAGGGACAACAGAUGCAGAAGAUUUCUCUACACCGCGAGAGGAUUCGUUGUGGAUCUCCUUCUCAGAGCUCAAAUUUGUGUUGUUCUGUUUAACAAGCUAGUUCUUGUAAUAUCUGAAAGAUAUAUGGACUAG